UCUACAACGCACGUCAAAGCCGCGCACAGAACAACGAAGAUGAGCGGCAGUGGCAGCGGUGGCCAUCGCAACGUGGACGAGCUGUUGCGCAUGCUCACACAGGCAGCGGACUGCAUGAUGGGCGUGACGCCCCAAACUGCAGAAACCAUCAAGCAUGCUGAGCAAGUGUUUCUGGACUUUAAGCGCACGGAACGGCCAUACGAGCUGUGUUUUCAGAUCCUCGACGCCGCCAGCAACGAUUAUGUUAUCUUCGAGACAUUCGAGGCCAUCAAGGAGGGCGUGAUUCGCGAGUUCAGCGUGCUGGAGUCUGAUGCAAUCGCAUCCAUCCGCGACAACGUUCUUUCCUUCAUCACCCGGCGACAAGGGCUGGCGAGCUUUGCCAUGACGCAGGGCUUGGCGUGUGUGGCCAUUUGCUUCAAGCUGAGCUGGACGCAUGCCGGUGUCGCAGACACCUUCUUCGAGCAAGCCGAGAGCCUCAUCUUCCAAGAUGACUCGUUCAUGCAAAGUGUUGGCCUGUCGCUCUCCCGCCAAAUGCUGCAUGAGUUCUCGUCGUCGUCCAAGUCGAGUGCCGUCGGCCUCGCGUGGGAGUUCCACCUGACCGCCAAGCGCUCGUUUGAGCAGGACGCCCUCAAGCGCAUCUUCGUCAUCGCCGUCCGCGUCCUGCGGGUGUUUACGGAGCAGCAGUCGUACGCGAGCCACUACCACGUGCUCCAGCUGACACUGGGUGUCGCAGAGGCCGUCCUGCGCUGGCAGUUCUGUCCGGCCAGCGUCAGGAGGCUGCUCGGGUCGUUCCACCACGUGACGAGCCCCUACUUCAAACCGGGACCGCAGUGGGCAGACGUCCUCGUGCCAAACCUCUGCGACAUCUUUUUCAAGCUGCACGUGCUGACGAGCGAUGAGCCGGACCUGCUCCACCCAACGCAGCAGUGCCUGAUACAGCUGGGCUGCGUUGCCACCACAUCCUUCAACGACGUCGUGCAGCAGCUGGAAUAUCUCGGCGCGUAUCUCCGCGGCCUGGGCGGUAUUGCCCAGUCCCUCACACAGCUCGCACAGCACAACAUGGCCGCAGUCACAGGGUCGACAACGUUGGCGCAGGCGAGCAUGCUGUCCUCCGUCAUGCGCACAUUCAGGGCGACGUCGCUCAGCGGUCUGGACGAGGGCGAGCAGAAAAGCGUGCUGAACACGUUUACGGCGCUGACGGCGCUGUCGCUGCACUGCAUGACGAUGGAGGAGGAUGACGACCCGUGCUACGCAGAGGCCUUUGACGCCUGUCUCAACGGGUGGCUCGCAAUCGCCGAGGACGAGUCCCAGGUUCAGGCGUCGUGGCAGCCGUACUUGCAGCAGGUGUUUCAGCAGUAUGUCGACAGUCGCAUGCAGAAGGCGCAGCGUGAUGCGCUGGCUGACGAGGAGGUGGAGGAGGAGACGGAGGCCGACGACGUGCUGUAUCACGACCAACUCUGUGGUGUCGCCACGCUCGCACGCGUCCUCCCUGACCAGUCUCUCGGCACCCUGCUGCAGAUGCUCAGCACCAAGGUGCCGGCAUACAUGUCCAUGCUGACGACAACGGACCAGGACCAAGCUGCGGUGUGCGUUGCGCAUGAGGAGGUGCACUGGCUGCUGCUGAUAUCCGCUGCGGUCCUGGCUGAUCCGCACGAGGGCGAAGUGCCGCUCAUCCCACAGCAGAUCACCGCCCUCGCCCUGCAGUGCGAACAGUCCGGCGUAUCCAACCCUGCCGUUUCUAUCGUGCGGCACGUGUUUGAGCUGAUGCAGCACGAGCACCGCUGCUUCGACUCCGGCGCCGUCGCCAACCUCAGCCCGCAGGUUGCUGCGUCGACGAUGUUCUUCUUCCAGCGGGUGGCCAACACAUAUUUGCUGCUGGACGAAUCGUCCUACUCGCAGCCGCUCAGCGCAUCGCUCGUCGCCGCCUUCAAGGGCGAGGGCGGUGCUCACAUGCUCGCAGUCCUCUUCCAGAAGAUGCGGGUGCACGUGGUGCAGUUAUUCAAGGACGUGACGUCGUAUUGGAUAUCGCCUGCGCUGAGCAGCGGAGAGCACAACGCCGCGCUCGCCUUCACGUACACAUGCAUGCAGCGCUUUCUACAGGAGUGGGCCGGCGCCAACCAAACAAAGGUGUCUUCGUCGCUGCAGGAGGAUGAAGAACACGACGAAGUGCUGCUCGUCCUCCAAGUCCUGCACGAGCUUGCAAGCACAGAGUACUUUGAGAACUUUGACCUGCACGAGACGGGUCCCGGUGAGACGGAGGCCGGCGACGUCGCGCUGCUCGGCAUCAACCUCGUCGUCCCGCUCCUCACAACAGAGAUGCUCCAGGAGCCGCUGAUUGCCAAGACAUAUUACGCCCUCCUGGACAUGGCCUGCGAAGGAUUUCCCGAGAAGGUGUAUCACGGGUCUGCUGAGCUGCUGCAGCAGUUUGUGCAGUCGCUGACCAUCGGCGUUCAGGCGCUCAGUGGGAACGUGGCACGCUGCUCCCUCGCCAUCCUCCAAAACCUCGCCAGCGUCCACCUCAAAUUCCUGGAGCGCGGGCACUCUGUGAACCCGGCGUUUGUGGAUGUGGUGAAGCAUUUCCAGCGGUUCGUGUUUGAUUGGUUCGUGCUGCAGUCCUUUGACAUGGAUCUACUGGACCUGGCGUCCGGCACCCUCUUCUUCCUCAUCUGCUGUGAUAUGCAACAAUUUGAGGCCAUGUGCACGGAGCUGAUCGCAGCGCAGCCUGCCGAGUCCAAAGAGCGCUUGUCGUCGGCGCUGUAUGCGCUCGUGCACGACAACGGGCUCCAGUGCAAGAAUACCCGCAAGAACCGUACAAUAUUCACAAAGAACUUUGAUACCUUCCUCAUGGCCGUACGCGCCUUCCUAGUCAAGCGAUAACAACUUACCCUUCUUCUGCACGUGUGUGUGUGCGGACAUGUGUGUGCAUCUGCAAAACAAAAGCAGUCCAGCUGCAAAACAAAAGCAGUCCUGCUGCAUACCAUUGUCUGCGUGCUGUAUUUCUUUCCUUGUUCUUUCUUGCCACCCCCCCCCCCUCCUCUCUUCCUCCCUUCUCCCUGUAGGUCAGCUGCAUUGAAACGAUUGCGAC